AUGGCCGAGGCUACCGUCCCUCUUAACCAAAUCUUCGAGUUCGACCCAGUCCCCGAGCUCGUCGGCAAGCCCACCAUGGACUUUGCAGAGUUCCUCAACUUUGACAGCUUUAGCAGCACUGCAGAGAGCGGCAACGAGAGCUCGCCGCAGACCAUUUCCGUCAACCACACCCCUUCCCCCCUCUCGUUUGCGCCCUCACCGCCCCAGUACGACGAGAGCCUCUUCUCAUUCGACUUUGCAGACGAGAAGAAGAUGAUGUCGCUCGGUGGUCCCUCCAACUUGGGCACCAUGGGCGAGAUUCACAUCAAGCAGGAGCCGGUUGACUACAUCCCGAUCGCACAGCCCCAGCAGCAGCAGCAGCAGCCACAGGCGCCCGCCCCCGUUGCCGCCAUGCCUGUGCUUCCCCCAAACCAGCAGGAGGCGCUCCAGCAGCUUCUCAACAACCUCAUGCAGUACCAGAGCGAGUACGGUUUUGGCGACGUGAGUCAGCAGCAGCAGCAGCAACAGCAGCAGCAGGCGACCACCGCCCAGGCCUUGGCCCCUGGAGCCAUCAACCCUUCCCUCGUUUUCGCUCCCACGGCACCAAGCGUGACGCCCUCGUCUCUCACGCCCGCGUCUGCAAUGGCCGCGUCCACCGCCCCCUCGGUGUCGUCCGCCGCCCCCACGCCCGCCAUCAACGCUUUGCCUGCCGUCCCCGAGUGGGCCGCCGACGAGCAACUCGUUGCCAUCAACCCCUCCGAGAUGCCUACCCCGCCCCUCCGCUCCAUCCGCGCCGACUCGAUGGCGUCGGCCGACGGCAUCGACGACAAGAUUGAAAAGCUCGUUCCCCUGUCAUCCAUCUUUUCGGCUGGCCGCGGCAAGGGUGGAAAGAAGGGUGGUGGCAUGUCGUCGGUCGUGCGCGGUGAGGACGAGGACCUGGACGACGACGACAGCUGGCGCCCGUCGCCGGAAGAGUACAAGAAGCUCAGCAGCAAGGAGAAGCGUCAGCUCCGCAACAAGCUCAGUGCGCGUGCGUUCCGUACCCGCCGCAAGGACUACAUUGGCACCCUCGAGGCGCACAUCAAGGACCGCGACUCGGUCAUUGACUCGAUCCGUGACGAGCUUCUUGUCUCGCGCGCCGAGAACCAGGACCUCCGCCGCGAGCUCGAGGCCCUCAAGGCCAGCACCAUGAAGGUGCUUCACCCCGAGUCGGCAGACCAGGUCGGCCAGUCGCCCGCCAUAUUGAACGCUCUCGCCAUGCCCGUGACCGAGUCGCCUGCCACUUCCUCUCGCCGUCUCGCGUCGGUGCCCGUGACUGUCAACACCCGCAAGGACGUUUCGGGCUUUGACACCAACCGCAACUUCUGGGGUGGCAACGACAACAUUUUCGGUGGCGGCAACACCAUCUGCCACACCGUCUUCAGCCCCGAGCUCACCCUGCCGCCGCAGCCCAACCUCAACCCUUUGCUCAACAAGCGCAACGACCCCGCAGACAAGGUCCUCUCCCUUGGCGCCCCCCUCGACGGUGGCCGCGACAUUGACUCGUCGACCUUUGCCGAGUGGGCAGAGAACACCCCUUACUCUGUGCGCUCCAUGGACAGCUACCGCAUGCAGCUCUGGUCCCGUCUCGCCCGCGAGGCUGCCGCCGACAAGGCCAACGUCCCCGCCGACCUCCGCCCCAAGUUCUUCGUCAGCCCCCAGGACGAGCCCACAAGCUCGCCCAGCGUCGCAAAGUCUGCCACUGCCAUCGCCGCCACCGCCGCCGAGCACGUCAUGUCCAAGCUCACCUCGUCGUUCUGGUCAGCGUUCUCGGGCUCGUCGUCCAAGGUCGACUCGGACAAGCUCGCCGCCGUCGUCACGGGCAAGGCGCGUCUCGCCGUCGUCGACAUUGACAGGGUCGUCCCCGCGGCGCGCGGCAACAACGCGCCCGCCGCCCAGACCACGGCCGACGACCUCGCCCACGCCAUGGCAGGCCUCAAGGUGGCCAGUGGCUCGUCUCCAGCGGAAACCCUCCGCGUGCGCGAAAACCCCCUAGGCGUUCUCGGCGGCUUCUUCAAGCACCCGGCCAUGCCUACCCGCGCAUAG